AUGCGAUAUCCGAACAUGAUGACCUCUAGACGUGCAACCUGUGUAGCAGCAACAUUUUGGUGUAAAAACGUCAUUUUAUCACUGCUUAGCAUUUGGAAGAAAAAUAGUAUUUUUCUUGUUGCACUUGUCUUUGUUGCCUUAUGUAUUUUCAUUUCUUCAAUUACUUACAAUGAAAUUUAUCGAAUCGUUCGACACCAUCAACAUCAGAUUCACGCCCAACAGCAAGCCGUACAGAGUAUGAACGCGGAACAAAAUCUCAAGAUACAAGCGAAGGAACACGCUGCAAACACAUUUAUAUAUUACAUUUGUAUGGUUCUUUGUUAUUUACCAGCGGCUGUCUCCGCCCUAAUUCGGGUGACUUAUGAAGAACAUUGGAACAUCAGAUGGCAUUUUGCCGGCGCUAUUCUGUUCAUGAACUCUGCUAUAAAUCCAUUCUUGUAUUUUUGGCGUAAUCGGGAAGUCCGGGAAGCAGUUUUGAAGAUAGUGCGAAAAAGGUUAUGUAAAACAGAUUUUGAAAACUUAGAUAACGGUGAUCAAUGAAAUUGGUGGUUCAUAUGCGAUUUUAUGUUAAGAUCAACGAUUCACUUGAGACACUCAGGAGCAGAUACUGCCGCUAAAAAAUCCGAAAUCGAGGCAGUUGAAGAAACUACGUAACAUGUUAUGUAAAACAGAUGGAGAAAACUUAAGUUUCGGUUAUCACUGAAAUUGAUUGAUAUAUCGAUUUCAGCGAAGUUCAUUUCCGAUUUUGCCUUCAGGAAAGACCAAGGAUAGCUACAGAUCCUACAAGCAGAUUGCUCCUCAAUAGCUUACUCAGGGGCAGAUAAUGCUGCCAAGAAAGUAGCUAGAAAGUGGAAGAAACAAACAAAAAACUAGUGGCCAAGGAAAAUUUGCAAGAAAUGCAGUUUUCGGUCCCUGCUUUUUUCGCGACCACUACGAUGAUCUUCCAUCAAACCCAGUAUUUGAAUCUUAAAACAACAGGCAGGACUUCCUUAAGCCGAAAAUAAAUAAAACUCCUAAAGAGUCAAACAGUAAAACUUAAACGUUGACCGAGGAAUAAUUACCUUUUUUAUUAAAAAUUACAAGUUUUUUGUUAUACGUAACUUUAAGAGGACGUGCUUUUCUCCUCUCCUUCUUAGUAUAAACAAUGUGAUUUAACUUACAUGUAAGUGCUUUAAUUUCGUAUUGCACGUUUUCUUUCCUUUGUUAAAUUAUUUCUUACUUACUUUUCACCCUAUAUCUAAUUGAAAUUCGGUAUUGUCACGAUCUGCUAUGGUUUGGCGAAACAAAUAAUAUGACUGUGAAAUGAAAUGAAAAAAAUUAAUAAAUAUGUCUAUAACAGCUUCUAAUAAUGACGCCAAAGCUGCAAUUGUAAUUUCAGCAGGUACAGCUGUGAGUUAAGUUAGGUAAAACGUAGCAAUUAACUAAACAAAUUAUCAUGGUCUAUGCUAAUAUGUGCCUGUAUGAAAAUUAUUAAGACGUCGAGUUAUUAGUCUACCAGAUAUUCUUUAAACAGAAGUUUUCAUUCGUCGCGUUGCAUUUUUGUUCUUCUAGCUAUGUUUUUAGGCAUUUGUACGGCAAUUUUUUCUUCGAUGGCAAAUAGUGUGAAAUUUUCAGCCAUUUUUUACUACUUGGGCUGAGCUCGUCCCCAGGGCUUCACGGCGAAUAAGGGUUGAAGAGCAUAUCUUGCCUGUACUCGGUAAUAGUUUUUUUGACAUUUUAUCUCUGUCAACAACAAUUAGACCAUGCAAAAUAAAAGAAUCGAUAAAGAGAAAACAACGCAACAGUAAACACAAGCAAGUAGUUGCAAAAUGAACCUUGUCAUGGGUUUGGAAGCCAUCUUGACGAGUUAGGCAACCGCGUGAGAAAUUGCAGUGUUUGUAUGAGAAUCUAAUGACGGAUAAUUUCCGUAAAACGGCUCUUUUGAAAAAAAUAUGAAUUGUAAACUAAAGCUACACAGCAAAGGAUUUUACUAACAAAUUUCGCGGAACUUAACUGUGCUUAACUGUCUCUAGGUGCUUGCUUUAGAUUUUCCAUAUAUUUGUCUGCAAUUUUUCCCGGGGAAUUUUAGUCGGCAGGAAGAAGAAAUUUUUACAGACAAAUGAACCUCUGAAAGGUUAUAUUCGGUAGCUUUUUACUAAUUAAUUGAAGUUAUUUUUUUUUCCUUUUCCGCCAAGUAGCUCUAUAACAUGAGGGAUAAAGAUGCAGCGUUUCAUCCAAGUUCCAAGGCUCUCUCACUCUAUUGCUCUUUUCCUUUCUCUUGAGAACGAAGUAGGGCGGUUAUUUAAACUAAUACGGAUAAUGGGGGGAGGGGGGAGGGGUGGCUUACAAGCAAGGGUGUCUCAAAUCAAGUGGGACCCUUCCUAAAUUUUCCUCCGCCAUUUUUUUCCUGCAAAUUGGGUUGACGGUUGAGAUAAACCUAACGGCGAAGAAACUUUUCAAGAUCGCUGUAAGAACGACGUCAAGAACGGCCGCACUUGCUGUUUGUAAAAGUAGGAUUUACAAUUUUAUCUUGCCAGCCAAAAAAUACGAAAAGAAAAGGCCAAAUAAACAAGGAUACAUGACUGAAGCAGCUGUCUUCCAAUGCUUCUCUGCCGUGUUUGGUUAUUUGGGUUAUGUUGAAUUGAUGUCUUUGCUCAACUAAUUUAUUCUACGUAGUAUCCAGUUUGCUUCCUUGUUGGUCGCUCUGGUCUUCUUUGUCACUAGCGUGGUGGAAAUGCAAGGGAAAGUUAUAGGAGUGAGAAAAGAAGAAGCUUUUCUUUUAAUUUUAUGUCCUUUCUGUUUACGGAAUCGAAGUGACGGGGUUAAAGCAAUUAAUUCAGUUUGAUAGGCGUAAUAUAUUUGCAAGUUUGACAAGUGGGGUGCACACCUAUUGGUGAAAUGGGGUCAAUUAGAAAAUGGUCGCUGACUUAUUUGGUACCGUUCGUCAUUAAUUCCAUUUCAAAAGAUGAUCAAGUAUGACGUCUCCUAAAUGAAAAGCGCUACUAGACAUAAGUUAAAGAAUUAAAUGCUGGCAAGAUGGUUAUAAUUUUAAUAAGAUGCCAGGUGAAAGAGUAUAAAAAAUAAUAUGCAGUUUUUUUUUGAAAAGAAACAGGGGACAACAUUGAAAGUUUGAAAAUGGCAAACUCUACUGUUGAUAUGAUGCUUGAAGGGUUGGAGAGUGACGAAGAAUCCUCACCUUUCGAGACCUCUGUAAUCAUAAAUAGUGUCCUCAAUGCUCUACUGAUACCAAUAUGUAUCGCUGGCAAUGUUUUGGUACUAGCCGCCGUAUGGAGAAAUCCUUCCCUACGCACUCCGUCUAUCAUUUUGCAGUGCAGUCUUGCUGUUUCUGAUCUUUUAGUUGGGUUGCUUGCUCUUCCACUUGACAUUGCCGUCGCCCUUACACCGCUUUCUCAGGUCAGUUCUGACUCACGUCUGUCACAAGCAAGGCUCGUCCUCACUAUUCAACUAUGCUGUGUUUCUCUUGACACAAUGACAGCCAUUAGCGUGGAUCGAUAUUUGGCCCUACAUUAUCACAUGCGAUAUCCGAACAUGAUGACCUCUAGACGUGCAACCUGUGUAGCAGCAACAUUUUGGUGUAAAAACUUCAUUUUAUCACUGCUUAUCAUUUGGAAGAAAACUGCUAUUCUUCUUGUUGCAGUUGUCUUUUUUGCCUUAUGUCUUUUCAUUUCUUCAAUUACUUACAAUGCAAUUUAUCGAAUCGUUCGACACCAUCAACAUCAGAUGCACGCCCAACAGCAAGCCGUACAAAGUAUGAACGCGGAACAAAAUCUCAAGAUACAAGCGAAGAAACGCGCUGCAAACACAUUUAUAUAUUACAUUUGUAUGGUUCUUUGUUAUUUUCCAGUGGCUGUCUCCUCCCUAAUUUGGGUGACUUAUAAAGAACAUUGGAACAUCAGAUGGCAUUUUGCUGACACUAUUCUGUUCAUGAACUCCGCUAUAAAUCCAUUCUUGUAUUGUUGGCGUAAUCGGGAAGUCCGGGAAGCAGUUUUG